AUGACAAAAAAAAUUUUCCUUUCUGGCGCCACUGGUUUUAUUGCUCAACAUAUUGUAAAGCAGUUGCUUGAGAGAGGAUACUAUGUAGUGGGUACUGUCAGAUCUAACGAAAAAGGUGAUAAAUUGAAGAGUUUACUCAAUUCUGAAAGGUUUAGUUAUGAAGUCGUUAAGGAUAUUCAGUCAGAAGGGGCAUUUGAUGAAGCUCUUAAGAGGCACCCUGAUAUAAAUGUUUUUUUACACACCGCCUCUCCUUUUUACUUCGAUGUUACGGAUGUUGAAAAAGACCUUCUCCUUCCUGCAGUAUCUGGCACUUCAAAUGCUUUUAAAGCAAUCAAGAAAUAUGGCACAAAUGUCAGAAAAGUUGUGAUUACGUCGUCUUUGGCUGCGAUAAUUGAUAUGAAUCAUUUUAAUGACCCUAAAUUCAAAGUAAAUGAAGAGUCUUGGAAUCCAGUUACUUGGGAGGAUUCCAAACUGAAUGCGCUUUUUGCAUACUGUGGUUCUAAAGCCUUUGCUGAAAAAGAAGCAUGGAAAUUUUUGAGGGAAGAAAAGCCGAAUUUUACCUUGAGCACAAUAAACCCUGUUUAUGUUUUUGGCCCGCAAGCGUUUGAUCAAAAUGCAAAGGGAACUUUGAACACUUCUGCAGAAAUCAUUCAAACCUUGCUAGGUUUAAAGCCCAAUGAUCCUGUUCCUGAUGUCUCUGGCCAAUUCAUCGAUGUUAGAGAUGUGGCCAGGGCCCAUAUCGAAGCAUUCGAAAAAGACUCUCUUAGUGGAAAGAGAUUGCUUUUGUCAGAGGCAAAUUUCAAUGAUCAGAUACUUUUGAAUAUUAUCAACGAAAAAUUUCCCAAGCUUGCUCAUAAGUUACCUGUCGGGAAGCCGGAAGCUACCAACUUAUCUCUUGCUGUAGUCGAUAAUACUGCAACAAAAAGUCUUUUAGGUUUUAAGUUCAACGAUUUAGAAACGUGCGUAAUUGACACUGUCAAUCAAUACUUGAGAGUGAAUAACUUAUAG